AUGUUACCUUCCUCACAGCCCGGUGGCGAUGCUCAUGAAGUGUACUGUUUGUGUGGUGAGGGGGAGACUACGAGAGUUGCCAAGCUACUGCCAACCCCCCAGAGCUACAAGGGCGUCACACCGGACAAGUUCCCCGAGGCAAGACCCAUCAUGGCCGUUGUCAAGAAGGGGAGACACAACAGUGGUAGUACGGUGGCCUACUUCACACUGCAGCUGCUCUCUCUGAGGACCAAUGGAGGGGACAACACUGUCAAGAAGUUUGUCUUCAAGACUAGACCCAUUGUCGACGUGCACUGCAACAGAAGACAGCUACUCUUCCGUCGGGUAUCCCGUGUAACCCCGUUGCCUUGGGAACUAGAUGGUUGGCCUUCUCGGAAACCGAGAUGGACCUGGCUGGUGAAAACGUCCAAUCGAAUAUCGAGAAAAAGCUAGCCGGCACAGAAGAGGUGGACUCAGAUGCAACUGAAAGCUACUACGGCAGCGAUGUUGAGGAGUGUGUGGAAGCUGUGACAAGUGUGAGGAAUGUGACGAGUGUGGAGACUGUGGAGUGCCCUGUGUGUGGUGUGAAGCUGCCGCAGUAUGCCAUUGAGGUGCAUGCCAGCACUUGUGGAGAUGAACAAACUUCAUGCAGUAGCUAUAGUGUUGGACCGAUACGGAUUGAAUUAUUAUUAUACAGUGUG